AUGUCUAUUAUUGUGGGACUUUCAAAUCCAAAUCCCAAUAAAUCAUUUGAGGUUGUUCAACCUCCUACUGAUUCCGUUUCUAGCCUUAGCUUCAGUCCCAAGGGAAAUUACCUAGUCGCUACUUCUUGGGAUAACCAGGUUAGAUGCUGGGAGAUAGUCGGUUCAGGGGCCCAAGUUGGUAGUGUGCCAAAAGCAUCUACCAGUCAUGAACACCCGGUUUUGUGCUCGGCUUGGAAGGAUGAUGGAAUGACAGUGUUUACUGGGGGAUGCGAUAAACAAGUUAAGAUGUGGCAAUUGAUGGCUGGUGGGCAACCCAUGCCUGUGGCUAUGCAUGAUGCACCUAUCAAAGAGGUUGCUUGGAUUCCAGAGAUGAAUUUGUUAGUUACAGGAAGCUGGGACAUAACUCUGAGGUAUUGGGAUACACGACAACCCAAUCCAGUUCACACUCAGCAACUCCCUGAGUGCUGUUAUGCACUAUCAGUUUGUCAUCCUCUGAUGGUUGUUGGCACUGCUGAUCGAAAUCUGAUUGUUUUUAACUUGCAGAGUCCUCAGGCCGAGUUUAAGAGAAUCAGUUCACCCCUGACGUAUCAAACAAGGUGUGUGGCUGCCUUUCCAGAUCAUCAAGGUUUCUUGGUUGGCUCAAUAGAGGGACGGGUAGGUGUUCAUCAUUUGGAUGAUUCACAACAAAACAAAAACUUUACUUUCAAAUGCCACAGAGAUGGGAAUGAGAUUUACUCAGUCAAUGCUUUGAAUUUCCGUCCUGUACACCAUGCUUUUGCAACAGCAGGCUCUGACGGUGGUUUCAAUUUUUUGCUUAAGUUUGUGGGGACUAUGUUGUUGCGUUUUAUGCUAAUACAACCUUCUCUGGUUUUCCAGGCCAUGUCUAGAUGCAGUCAACCUAUUCCGUGCAGCACUUUCAACAAUGAUGGUUCAAUAUUUGCAUACUCGGUGUGUUAUGACUGGAGUAAGGGUGCAGAGAAUCAUAACCCAGCGGCAGCAAAGAACUACAUUUUCCUCCAUGUCCCACAGGAAUCUGAAGUGAAAGGAAAGCCGCGUCUUGGAACCUCUGGUCGAAAGUGA